UAACAACAAGAACCACACCGCAAAUAGCAAUAACAACACCUAUCCUUCCGUUCUCCAACUAAAGCGUAUCCUCAACCACAUCCAAAUUGCGACAGUGAAGUUUUGUUCGGUCGACUCUUUCGCGCUUCCGGUGAGAAAAAAUCUUGCAACUCGGCACAAGCAGGACAACCGGUGACGCUCGCGGCUGUGCGGAUGUAGUGUGAAUUAUCGUCUGCCGAAAGAAAACCGAUGCCUGCUGCGUUGAAAUAUGCAAAAGUGCACCUGCACUCGCGUGCCGAACGCGUGCAAUCCAGACCAACGCAUCUAGUAUCCUUCUUCUGCCGCAGCGGUUCGAUGUAGUGUGGACGACUGCUGCUCUGUCUCUGCGCACUACACCCGCUUUCCACACGCUCCUGGUCCUGGUUUAUUUUUCCUGCAAUAUUUUGUUUUCCCAUUGGCACCGGUUGUGUCGUCGUUGCACUCUGGAGUGUGGAAAACAGUCCAGGGUGUCCAUUGUUCCUUAUAGCAAUCCGUUCCCUUCUGCCGGUCAAAUUCUCUUCUCCAUUUCCUUUCCCCACUAGACUGUCCAGUGAAAGUGGCCUUUAAUCAAAGGGUGGUGAGCGGUGGAAAAAGUUUUUCUUUUAAAGCAAGGAAGAAAACUAGCACUAUGAUAACUUUCCGCCUGUCUAGCAGCGUGUACGCGUAUGCGGCGUACCUGGCGCUAAUGGUGUGGUUCCUGUGGCCCGGUCGGUUUGCCAGCCUGUACGAGUACAUCGAGGGCGAAAAUAUCUACGAUCAGCUGAUACGGAAGACGACCAAAAACAUCUCCCUAAUGCGUAAUGGCCUCCGGUGUGAUUACAGUGAGGUGAUUGAGGAAAAUCUCGCCCUCUUCCGGCCACCGUUUACGGAGGAUAUCAUCAACAAUAACGUGCGGAUCGGGGGCGAGUACUAUCCGGAAGAUUGCCUUCCGAGUUUUAGCACGGCCAUCAUCGUACCCUACCGGCAGCGCGAGCGGCAGCUGAAUCAGUUUCUGAUCUACAUGCACAACUACUUGCGCCGGCAGCGGAUCCACUAUCGCAUAUUUAUCAUCGAGCAGUACGACCCUAAACCGUUCAACCGGGCCAAACUGUUCAACAUCGGUGCCCUAAUCGCAAUGGGUAUGGACUACCCGUGCCUGGUACUGCACGACGUCGACCUUAUGCCGAUGAGUCUCGGCAAUAUGUACGCCUGCUCGCGUAAACCGCGCCACAUGAGCUCGAGCCUCGACGAGUUCCGGUACAAUCUACCCUACCGUGGACUGUUCGGCGGUGCGGUGGCCAUUGAGUCCAGCGUGUUCCUGAACGUGAACGGCAUGUCGAAUAUGUUCAGUGGCUGGGGCGGUGAGGACGACGAUCUGUACGCGCGGCUGCAGAACAAGCAGAUUGAAAUUUGCCGUUUCAGCCCGGCGUACAGUCAGUACACGAUGCUGCCGCACCGCAAGGAAACACCGAACAAGGACCGGGUGGUAUUCCUAAAGAAUGGCAAGCUGCGCUACCAUACCGAUGGACUCAACUCGCUGGUCUACAAACAGGUCGGGUUUAAACUGCACAACCUUUUCACACACGUGUUGGUUGAGACAUAAGGUUGAACAAUUCAAUCCGAUCUCCCGGGGAUGGAAGGAUGAGGAUCAUUGAAGAUCUUUUUUUUAUCUAUUUAGCUUCGUUGUUUGUAUUGAUACCCUUUCUAAGCGGUCACUAUCGAGGGUUUGUUUCAACGCAGCAAAGGUGCUUUUCUUCAUAAGCUAUUUAGAGUACAUUUAUUCCGUCAAACUUAUUACGUAAGCAUUUAAUAUUUAAACUUGUUAAAUCAAAGUUGAAAUUUUCAUCUAGGAAAAAAUAACACGCGUUUCCUUAUGCAAGCCAUAUGCUUUUUAUUACGUUGCAAUCUUUUUUUUGUACGAGCUAAGGUUAAGGUAUACGUUGAAUGCUGCUGGUGAUCGAUUCGUCCCAAGUCAGGGUUUUAUGAAGUAAAUAAGUAAAUAUUGCCUUAAAAGAUAAAAGAGACAUUAACAAAAGCAACAACAACAACAACAACAACAACACAAUGUUACAUCGCAAACUUUACGAUUAAACUCACUUUGCCGAUAGAUAGAUAAAGCGUCAUAUGUGUGCGUGUGUAUUUGCAGAGGGAAAAGUACGUAAAACAAUACCAAAAAAGGAACAUCGCAUUAGGUGCGCUGCAUAAGUCAUCCGUUUUAAGUGCAUGCAUGUUGCCGCAAGUAUAAUGUUAUGUUAUUAAUUUUUUAACCUUCCAUUUCUACGCGAGCAUUGCAACACAUACCGUUUACUAUUUAUUCCCACUAGGGGUAGACGAUCCAACGGGCGGUGCGAAAGAUAGAAGCUAGUUGAAGACUCCUUCAAGAAUAGAUUUUAAGUAGGUACUAUUACAAUUCCAGCUAGAUGCCUGUGGUGAAGAGAAGGGCGGGUUCGCAUUGGUCCAGAGCGAGUGGGAGCGUGGGGGAGCAAUUUUGGGAAGUGUGAAUCAUCCGGCCGAUUAAGAAUCUUCCCGGGCUGUGGGAGCGAGUGAAUAAGAAGUACACAUACAAAAUUAUUUGCGUGAUAAUACAAUAUGACGGCGGGGUGGGGUGAAUAUGAGCAAUUUUAGAACGAAAUUAGGCUACAUUUCCGAAUUACAAAUAACCUUCAAUACAAGGAGAGCGUGCCGAGCGAACUUGUGCAUGUGAUUUGCAAUAAAAUUUAGCAUUGUACUUAGUGAAUUUAAUAAAUCAAAUUUAAUCUA